UUCAGGCGCGCGAGCCAAAGCAGCUGAGAGAGCGCUGCCUCACUGAUGAGCUGGGGUAACGCUUCAAAGACGUCAUUUCAUUUACUCUGGAAUAAUUUACCCUGAUAUUUAUCUUUAGUCCUGGGAAAUACCUGGCUAUUCUACUGGAAAUUUAACUAUAUUGUUUCACAAACGAUUGUAAGGGGGAAAAAAAAACACUCGCACCUGCGCGCGAGGCUCCUCUCCAGUGAGCUCGGGACGCUUGUCUGCGUUAUGGGAUACAAUUGCGUUACAAUAGGCUGUACCUCGUCGGAUCUGAUACUCUGAAGUUGAUGCAGAAGUGUCUUUACCACAGGGAUCGCUACUGAACAGUUACAUUACAUGACUUUUUCCUUCAUGUAAUGAGGCGCGUACACGGAGUUUGAGCUGCUUUACGAGUAACUUCACUGCAGUUGCACUGCAGAGUACCGACACCUUCUCUAACAAAACCUGAAUGAAAAUGACUCCUAAAGAAAACGCGGCUUUCAUAUUCGUGCUUUUUUACUGCCUGAUACCAGUAAAUGGGAAGGUUUUAGACCCACAGCUGCAUCCUUCCAAAGACACACACCUGCAGCAUGCUGGAGACUCCCUCACACUCAUCUGCAGAGGGUCAACCCAGCUUCAGUGGAAGCUUCCCAGUAGGAGUCUAAGCUCUGAAGGUGUCCAAGUUGAACCAUGUGAGCAAACUGCAUACUGUAGCAAGCUGGUGAUACACAACCUGAAGUUCACAGACACAGGAUACUACACUUGCAGUCACAACAAUUCCAGAAAACAUGAGAGUUCCACAUAUGUCUUUGUCAAAGAUCAUGAUCACCCAUUCCUACAGACCUCUGAUGAAAAAAUCCUUUUUCUACAUACGCAUAAAAAAAUUCUGGAUAUUCCUUGCAGGACAACAUCUCCCAGUCAACAUGUUACUUUGGAAACAGUUCCCCACAUGAAGGACUCUGUCAAAGCACAUGUGUCAUGGGAUCCAAAAGUGGGCUUUAGGGCUCCACUGGGUCAAUUUAAGAGCUACAGCUUAGUCAGAUGUGUCACCAAUGUGAAUGACAAACAAGUCACAGCAAAUUUCAUCUUAAUCGCUCUUAGCAAUGUUCUGAACAAUCUACAUAUUGCUCCUGAGCAUCCAGAAGUCCUGGUUGGAGACACCCUGGUUCUCACCUGUUCAGGAAACACCACAUACAAUGGCAGGAUUGAAUUUGAUUGGCAAUUCCAAAACAGAUCUAUCAGUAGGAAUCAUAAAAUUUAUUUGGGAAGGAGUGACCCUAACAAGAUCAUUGUAAUGAGCAGCAAACUUAUUAUACCCAGUGUGACUGCGGAGGACAGUGGCAUUUACACUUGCACAGCAACACUAAAUGACAUUAAGGAGCAUGCGUCGGUCACAGUCAUUGUACAUGAGUUUCCUUUCCUCAGUGUAACCCUUGGUACACAUACACCUGUCCCUGCUGAAGAAGGUAAAAGGUCGGACUUUAAACCGCAGGUAGAUGCUACGCGUGCAACAGACAAAGAGUUGUGGUACAAGGAUGCCUCCUCAUGCUAUGAGGUAAUGGGUUAUGACUCUAUCAAGGAGGUGAAAGAAAAGGAUGCAGGGGUCUUUACCUUUGCUUUAUCCCACCAGAAGAAUAGGCUUUACAGGAACAUAAGCUGCCCACUUUUUGUCAAAGGGACGGUGCUAGCCCCACAGCUGCAUCCUCCCAAAGACACGCACCUGCAGCAUGCUGGAGGCUUCCUUAUACUCAUCUGCAGGGGGUCUAGCCAAGUACAGUGGAAGCUUCCCAGUAGGAGUCUAAGCUCUGAAGGUGUCCAAGUUGAACCGUGUGAGCAAACUGCACACUGCAGCAAACUGGUGAUACACAAUCUUCAGUUCACAGACACAGGAUACUACACCUGCAGUCACAACAAUUCCAGAGAAAAUGAGAUUUCCACAUAUGUCUUUGUCGAAGAUCAUCAUCAUCCAUUUGUGGAUAGCAGCAGUGACCAGAUCCUGUUUGCAUACAGGAAUGACAAAUUUCUGGAGAUCCCUUGCAGGACAACAUCUCCUGGUCAAAAUGUUACUCUGGAAAUAGAUCCUCCCCUGAAAAACUCUGCCAGAGCACAUAUAUCAUGGGACCCAAAAGUUGGUUUUAGGAUUCCACUAAAUCGUUUUCAGAGCUUCAAAACGAUCGAAUGUGUUACCAGUGUGAAUGGAGCAAAGGUCACAUCAAACUUCCUACUCCUACGUCGUACUGUGGUUCUAAGAAAUGUACGCAUUACUCCUAAGCCUGCUAGAGUCCUGGUUGGAAACACACUGAACCUCGUCUGCUCAGCAGACACCACAUACAAUGGCUGGAUUGAAUUUGAUUGGGAAUUCCAACACAACCCUAUCAAUCGGACUCACAAGAUUAAUGUGAAAAGGAGUGACCCUGACAACGUCAUUAAAAUGAACAGCGAACUAGUUAUACCGAAUGUGACUCUAAAAGACAUUGGCGUUUACAUAUGCACAGCAAAACAAGGUGGUUCUAAGAAGCAUGGUAAAGCCAAUGCCACUGUAUAUGAGCAUCCAUUCCUCACUGUGACCCAUGGAACACGUAAGGUUAUCACUGUUGAAGAAGGUAAAAGCUGGAACUUUAAACCACAGGUUGAUGCUCUGCCUGCACCAGACAAAAUAGUGUGGUACAAGGAUGGCUUCCCCAUCAAUACCUCCUUAUGCUAUGAGCUAACGGGCUAUAACCUCAACAUCAAGGAGGUGAAAGAAAAGGAUGCAGGAGUCUUUACCAUUGCUUUAUCCAACCUGAAGUAUGGGCUUUACAGGAACAUCAGUUAUACAUUUUUUGUGAAAAUAAAACCAAGAAUAUCUGAAGAAGAGGUGGCUCCUUUAGGCCUUCAGACUUACAGGGCAGGCCAGGAGCACCAGCUUACCUGUACUGUCUUUGGAUUCCCAAAGCCCAAUAUUACAUGGCUGUGGCAGCCUUGUGACCUGGAUCAAAAGCUCACACAGUGCAAAUUAUAUAGGAAUCCAAUAACUGUACAAGAAAGUGCCAAAAAUUCAUAUCCAGCAAACAUGAUUAAGGCUGUGUCCAAUGAGCUUAAGGAGAUAAAUGGCAGAAACAAGACAAUAAGCACCCUGGUUGUGAGGGCUAAUGUGUCAGGAGUGUACACAUGCAAAGCCAGCAAUAGCCUUGGAGAGAGGAGAGUGAUGACUCAUUUCUAUGUGAAUGAAAAUUCCAAGUCUUUUGAGGUCAAUCCCUUGAAAGCCACUGAGGGAGAUGAUGUCACUCUGACUUGCCAGGGCACACGGUUCCUCUAUGACAGGCUGAGCUGGUAUGAUUCAGAGGGUCGCCCAGUUCAGAGUAACAGCUCCAUCCAGAUCAGUAAUUGUUCUGUCUCCCUAUCACUCCGACUGAAGAAUGUUUCUAGACAACACACAAAUGGCUUUGAGUGCAGAGCAAUCAACCUCAUCACUAAAUCUGUGGUCAAUUCAUCUUCUAACUUAAUCAUUGAUGAGAGGAGAGUUCCCUUGUUGACACAGAACUUGACCAGUCAGGAUGUGAACAGCAGCAGUACACUGACACUAACAUGUCUGGCUUAUGGUGUGCCACCUCCACUUAUUACAUGGUACAAGGACAAGAUUCCCAUCACAGAAGGACAAGGGGUUACUCUGAAGGACAAUGGUGUCCUGAUAAUCCAGAGGGUAAAGAAAGAGGAUGAAGGCAUGUAUGAGUGUCAGGCCAGUAAUACUGAAGGUGCAGUAACCUCUAGUGCAGUCAUCACUGUCCUGGGCGAUGAAGGCAAGCCAAAUAUCGAGGUGAUCAUCCUUGUGUGCACAGGAGCUGCUGCCACAUUCCUUUGGAUCAUGCUCAUUCUCUUCAUCCGCAAGCUGAGAAAGCCAAGUUCUGCAGAUCUAAAGACAGGAUACCUGUCUAUCAUCAUGGAUCCUGACCAGAUACCUCUUAAUGAACAGUGGGAUCGUUUACCUUAUGACAGCAACAAAUGGGAGUUUCCCAGAGACCGCCUUCGACUGGGUAAAACUCUGGGCCAUGGUGCUUUCGGAAAAGUUGUAGAGGCUUCUGCAUUUGGCAUAGACAAGCUCUCAACAUGCAAAACAGUUGCUGUUAAAAUGCUGAAAGGAGGAGCUACAAACAGCGAAUGCAGAGCUCUUAUGUCUGAACUGAAGAUACUGAUUCAUAUUGGCCACCAUCUCAAUGUUGUCAAUCUACUGGGAGCCUGUACUAAGCAAGGAGGCCCACUGAUGAUCAUUGUGGAAUACUGCAAGUAUGGCAAUCUAUCUAAUUACUUAAGGGGAAAGAGAGGAGACUUUGUGGUUUAUAAAUCCCAGGAUGGCAAAGCGACGUUGCCGAGUUCAGGGUGCGAAUUAAGUGAGCUCCUCAAGCGUCGACUGGAGAGUGUGGCUAGCACGGGAAGUUCAGCCAGCUCAGGCUUUAUUGAAGAUAAGAGCUACUGUGACUCAGAGGAAGAAGAGGAAGAGUCUGAAGACUUGUAUAAGAGAGUGUUGACACUAGAGGACUUAAUUUGCUACAGCUUUCAAGUAGCCAAAGGCAUGGAGUUUUUGGCUUCGCGAAAAUGUAUUCACCGUGAUUUGGCAGCACGGAACAUCCUUUUGUCCGAGAACAAUGUUGUUAAGAUAUGCGAUUUUGGACUAGCCAGAGAUGUGUAUAAGGACCCAGACUAUGUGCGCAAAGGAGAUGCCAGACUUCCUCUUAAGUGGAUGGCGCCAGAGGCCAUAUUUGACAAGAUCUAUACUACACAGAGUGAUGUUUGGUCCUUUGGUGUGCUAAUGUGGGAGAUCUUCUCUCUGGGUGCCUCUCCUUAUCCUGGUGUACAAAUUGAUGAGGAAUUCUGCUGCCGCUUGAAAGAAGGCACCAGAAUGCGAGCACCUGAGUAUGCUUCCUCUGAAAUAUAUCAGACCAUGCUGGACUGCUGGCAUGGAGAACCACUGCAGAGGCCCACUUUUACAGAGCUAGUGGAGAGGCUAGGAGACCUGCUUCAGGCGAGUGUGCAGCAGGAGGGAAAACAUUACAUUCCUAUCAACACAGCACUACUGACUAAAGCAGAUCCGUCAAAUGCAGACUGUUCAGAGAAAACUUCUUUGAGACCUGUCUCUCUCAGAACCUCAGGAGGCUCGUGGAACAUCAAGGUUCGUCCAGACAGCAUCAAAACCUUUGAUGAAGUAACAAUGGAGAGUGGAACAAAUGAUAUGCAUGAGGGAGGGCAUUCGGACAGCGGCAUGGGUCUGUCCUCCGAUGAUCUGAAGACACUGAAGCAUUUGGAUGCCUUGGUUCAACCCUUAAGUAUCAUGGCCCUGGCGAUGAAGACUAAGAGUAAGGAGUCUGUUUUGUCAGAUGGAGAGAAGGAGAAAUAUCCUCCACCUGUGCCUUCACUAGACUUCACUAGUCUGGAAGAUUCCUCUCUGGAUCCAGAGCUGGAAUGUCAUAGCCCUCCACCAGACUACAAUUAUGUUGUCCGCUAUUCCACACCACCUGUCUGAGUUUCCAGCUGCUACCCAUGAACCUUCAGGGCCUCCUACUCAUGCUCAAGACUAUUACACUUACUACUUAAUCUUUUCUUAUUUUUAGGAAGCUUUUGUUUUUCUAAAGACUUUGUUAAUUAAUUCUGUUACCAUUUUGACAUGUAUUUUGGUCAGUAUAGUUCCAGCACUGCUAUAUCUGUAUGAUCUCCUCAUCAUUGUACAGCGGUGCUGCUGUAUUGUGUGCGUUGACUCAUAUAAACACAUAGACCACCUCAGGUAUUUCUGUUAUUUACUGUGAACACAAGAAGAACAACAUAUUACAACUUGUAUCAUCGCUUUCUUUCAUCAAAUCACAGAUCCCCUAAAAUCAAAAUCAAAACAGCUUCUUUAUUACUUUACUACUUUGAAAGGUUUUAUGAAAAGAAACUGGAAAGUAUUUUAUUUUACUUUUUUACACAGAUAUUUGGUCUAAGUAAUAUGAUAUACUUUCCUUGAGAAAAAAUAUUUUUAUCCAUGGAUACAAACAGGAGUGUUUGAUUUUCUCAUUUAAAUUUUAGAGACUAAUUUGUUGUAGCUGAUUUUCCUUCAUAAUGUCUGCCAUUCUUUAUACAUCCUAACUACAUGUAAACUUGUUCAGAUGUAAGAGUUUGUAUGCACAUUAUUUUUCAUUACCUGAAUCCACAUAGUGCUCUCAAUGUUAUACUCUAUUUAUGCUGUUGCACUACAUUUUUUUUAGAAAUAAAUUAUGAUUAGAUUAACCCUAAUAAGACCUAGUGUUCAUAUUUUCCAUUUCAUUGAUUUCUUCAGACAUUUGAUCUCUGUAAUACAGUGUUUACUGCAUACUGUUUAUUUUAUUGACCUCAAUAUUAAUGGUGAACUAGUUCAAUUAUGAACUAGUUAUACUCCCCAUAUGCUACAAUCACAAUAAAAGUCUUAAUAAAUAACUGAUUUUGAAGAUUGACCACUUUAAUAAGAUUAAAAAAAAUAGAAAUAGUCCCAUCACAUAAUAAUCCCAUCACAUUUAAAUGAACACUCCUUUUAUUUUUUUAGUUAUUAAAGACUAAUCUAGCAUGCAUACUGGCUUCUUCUGCCCUGCAUUUCUCUGAUACUUGGUCACAAUAUCUAAUAACGUUUUUGUUGUUUACACUGUAUGCGUGAUAGUUAUAAGAAGUAUUCCAUUUUACAUACUUCCGGUUAUUAACCUUUUUUAUUUUAAUAGGAAUACUAUGGGUCCUGUGUUCUGCUAUAAUCUGACUAAAGCUUGCAGGGCAGGCUAAAAGAUUACUAAGUAAUAUAAUUUUUAACAGGCUGGUCUCUACAUAUAUAUAUAUAUAUAUAUAUAGUCAUCACAAAUUAUAGCAGAAGCAUAUGUACACCUACAGGUAAUAUCAUUAACUAUUCUGUAACAAGGGACAAUGAGAAAUGUGUGGCCUCGUACCCAAGAUUGUUGUCAGGCAGGAGAGAACUAUUACUACUCCUAUUUUUUACUUGCUAAACAUUUUUCACAGUUACCAGUCUACGAUCAGACAAUAUUUGUAUUAUUUUCGACUGAUUUGUGUCCAUUGACAACGUAUAUUGUAUGCACUGAGAUAUUGUUUUUUUAUUCAUUACACUUGUAUUUUAACCAGGCAUCAAUAAAGAUCUAUAUAUUUAUACAUAACAA